AUGACAAGUCAGAACAGUAGCCAUGCAGAGAAAACUGGUGAGAUGUCCUCAAAGCAGUCAGCACCAAAAGUGCAGGUCCAACGAUCUGUCUCCCAAGAAACCAUCACUAUUCAUUUCUCUGCAUUUGGGAAGGAGGAAGAAGAGGAGGAAGAGGAGUUUAAGGAAUUUCUUGGUGAGGAACUAGAUGACCAAAGCAUUGUAACAGCACUUGAAGCCAAGGAAGACCUCUGCUUUGAGCACACCGGCCAUGAUUUUUCUGGUCCAGCUACCUCGCUCACCAUGGCCAACUCUGCAUCAUUGCUGCCCUCAUUGCCCGCGGUUCCGCCAGCUGCAGAGACUGUAACGCUGUUGGAUUCUCCUUGCACAUCCCACAUGUUCAGUGCAGUGCCACUAGUCCUGUCUCCAUCGUCACACUCGUGUCAUAGCUUAUCAGGUGCACCACCACCUGUAGAACAGAAAUCCAGCCUCUUGUCUUCCCCAUCCUCAUCCCCUUCCAGAUCAGUCAUCUGCUCUAGUGGAUCACCUGCAGUUUCUAGUUCAAAGCCUUUUAAGGGUUUGGUCAAGUCCCUUUCAACAGACGUGGAACCGAAAGAACCCACCCCACCGAUGCGACAUAGACAGUUAAUGAAAACCUUAGUGAAAUCUCUGUCUACAGACACUUCUAAGCAGGAACCUGAAGCUGUGUCUUACAGGCCACCCGACUCGAAGCUGAACUUGCAUCUGUUCAAACAGUUCACCCAACCUCGAGCUACAGGUGGUGACUCCAAAACUGCCCCCUCAUCUCCAUUAACAUCUCCCUCUGAUACUCGUUCCUUUUUUAAAGUACCUGAGAUGGAGGCUAAGAUUGAAGAUACUAAGAGGCGCCUUUCUGAAGUCAUCUAUGAGCCUUUUCAGCUCCUCAGUAAAAUAAUGGGUGAUGAAAGUAGUAGCCACAGGCCCAAAGCCUUAUCUUCAAGUGCUUCAGAACUCUCAAACCUUUCCAGUUUGAAUGGCCAUUUGGAAAGCAAUAACAACUACAGCAUUAAGGAAGAAGAAUGUGAUUCUGAAGGGGACUUCUAUGGAAAUGGCUCUAACCUGGAUAAGAACAAUCAGUCAAAAGUGGCUGAGGAACAUGCUAAAGAGGUGGAAAACAAAAGCUCUCAGUCUGCAAGCACAAAGGACACGAGUUCAAAAACUUCAGUCGUACUUGAAAAAUGUUCAUUGUCUGCACUAGCAAGCAGAGAGGAUGAGGAGUUUUGUGAACUGUAUUCUGAAGACUUUUCCUUCCUAGAGGAUGAAAGCAAGGCCGAUAAACCUUCUGAAACUUUAUUCGAUUCUGAGAUGACUGAGGAAAAUGGUACUAUGCUCAGUAGUGAAAAUGGAGAUCUGUAUCUGCAGCAGCCUAAAAUACCAGUGAAAACUUUAUACUCCUUAACACUGUUAGUCUAUGCUUAUUUUAUUAUCCCUCUCCCUGGGUACUUAAGUGGACUCUUACUUGGAAUGGCCCUUGGAUUUAUGAUAGCUGUCUGUGUGAUUUGGCUUCUUACUCCACGUACUCAUGAAUAUCUCAAAUUACAUAAAAGUAUGAAAAAGCGAUGGAAGACAGAAGCUCUGGACAUCAAAGAACCUGAAAUACUGAAGGGAUGGAUGAAUGAAAUUUAUAAUUAUGAUCCAGAAACAUACCAUGCCACAUUGACUCACUCUGUCUAUGUGCGACUUGAAGGAAGCACCUUGCGGCUUUCAAAACCCAACAAGAAUAUUUCCAGAAGGGCUCUGUACAAUGAGCCAAAGCCUGAAGUCACGUAUGUCAGCCAGAAAAUUUAUGAACUUACAGAAAGCAAGAUUUCCCUGGUUCCUAAGAGUCUGGCACGAAAACGGAUUUGGAAUAAGAAGUACCCAAUUUGCAUUGAACUUGCUAGACAGGAGGACUUUAUGGCUAAGGCCCAGACUGAUAAAGAGAAUACAGAGGAAAAGUUACCUGCUGAAAGCAUAGACUUGAACAAUGAAGAAUCCAAGAAACCUCAGGAUGGUGCAAAGUACACUAGCCAAAAGGAUCAAGUGCUUUACCUCUUUGGAAGGACAGGUAGAGAGAAGGAGGAAUGGUUCAGAAGGUUCCUUCUUGCAUCUAAGCUGAAAUCUGAAGCAAAGAAGCCAUCCAGUUUAUGUGGAAGCAAGACAGGUAUUAUUCCUUUUGAUUUAGGGAUCUUGCCAGCACACAGCAGAGCUGAUGCUCAGUCUGGAGUUCUCACACACAGCCGAAGCAGCAGCAAGGGAAGUGCAGAAGAAAUUGCAUCCCAGCCGAAGCACAAGGAUCUGGCUGGCAACGUGCGGCAGAAAAUGCUUCUGGACUACAACGUUUAUAUGGCAAAGUGUGUUCCUCCUGAAAAGAAAAGCCCUUCAGGUAGUCCAGUCCUCAGUGCAGACAGCAGCCCUACAGCUGUGAAAAAGUUACCAGAUGCCCACGUAGAAGCUGAGGAAGAGGAACAGGAGGCCUGGGUGAAUGCUUUGCUUGGAAGAAUAUUUUGGGAUUUUUUAGGAGAAAAGUAUUGGUCUGAUCUAGUGUCAAAGAAGAUCCAAAUGAAACUUAGCAAAAUAAAGCUGCCAUACUUCAUGAAUGAGCUGACUCUAACUGAACUUGACAUGGGGAUAGCAGUGCCGAAGAUCCUGCAAGCCUUCAAACCUUCUGUUGAUCACAGAGGGCUUUGGGUUGAUUUGGAAAUGUCCUAUAAUGGAUCUUUUCUGAUGACCCUAGAGACCAAGAUGAACUUGACCAAACUUGGUAAAGAGCCGCUUGGUGAAGCGCUGAAAGUUGGAGAGAUUGGCAAAGAAGGUUUCAGGCCAAGGGCGUAUUGUCUUGCAGACAGUGAUGAGGAAUCCUCCAGCGCCGGGUCUUCAGAAGAGGAUGAUCCUCCUGAACUGGCAGGAGAGAAGCAGGUACCUCCAGGAGCAGAAGGGUAUGUUGGAGGACAUCGGACAAGUAAGAUCAUGAGACUUGUGGAUAAAAUUACUAAGUCAAAAUACUUUCAGAAAGCAACAGAGACUGAGUUUAUUAAGAAGAAGAUUGAAGAGGUCUCUAAUACUCCGUUGUUGCUGACAGUUGAAGUACAGGAGUGCAGAGGAACUUUAGUAAUUAACAUUCCACCUCCACCUACUGACAGAAUAUGGUAUGGCUUUCAAAGCCCUCCCUACCUGGAGCUAAAAGCUCGGCCAAAACUUGGUGAGAGAGAAGUGACUCUGGUUCAUGUGACUGACUGGAUAGAGAGAAAACUAGAACAAGAGUUUCAGAAAAUCUUUGUCAUGCCAAACAUGGAUGAUGUUUAUAUUCCUUUAAUGCACUCAGCCAUGGAUCCCCGCUCCUCUACGUGCCCUCCUAGAGAUCUGAUCACGGAGGCCUCUGAUCAACCAUGACAUGUGAAGACUCUUGCAGUUUACAGUAUUAUAAAAGUGAUUCUCAUGGUUUUAUAAACUGUGCUGUAGUUCUUAUCCUUAACUCGUGCCACUUCCCCCCACCAAGGACUGCCUAUAACCAUACCUUUGUGCUCACUUGCCUGGUUACUGUUCCUGUGUCCUUCAGCUCCAUGAAGUUUCAUUCCAUUAAGCUGUUGAUUUAUUUCUGUACUGGCUGCCAGCAGGAGUUUAACAUGGAGGCUGAAAUGAUCUGUUCUUUGGGGGAGGGAGGAGGAACCUAGCUGUAGUAGAACAAGGACACACCUUUUGUUCAGCCUGUUUUCAUGCUAUGUUAACGUGUGUUAAAGCAUUGAAAGGUUGUUUGGCAGCAAAGGAACUGCGUGCCAAAUGGGAAAAAAAAAUCCUAAAUAAGGAAGGAAUUUAUAAAACUGGAAGAAUAUUUUUCUUUCUCAGGCAGUUGGAGGUGUAGAAUGAACUGUUUUAUGUUCUUUCACUUCUGCAGUCAAUAGCUUGUGUCAAGCAAUUGAAAUAUGAAAUGCUUUCAGGAUAAAGAAUGUAAAUGGGGUGUAUAGGUGAGGUUGUGAUUCAGUGUGGUAUAUUCAUAUUACUUUUUUCAUACAGAAAUUGUGGUUGGUUUG